AUGCCUCUCGGGAUUCGCUGGUUAUUUUUAACAAGAAAGCAAUUGACUCUUGAGAUCUAUCAGACUGAUUUCAUUCAUCGCUAUAAAAAGUCCUCGUUGGCGAUACCGAAAUGCGAGGUCUUAUCCAUACGCUUUUUCCUUGCGGUCGCCAUGAAAUUCACCUCUGCCUUUGUCAUCGCUGCCGCAGCUCUUGCGACUAACGUCUCUGCUGCCCCCGGCCAGGAGACUAACGCGCAACGCAUGGCGCGUGGACUCCCUCCCCUUCCCCCCGUAAGAAGGGCCACCGGAACUGAAGUCGCCCGAAGGGGAACGCCUUCUGGGUCUCCAGGCCAAUGCAGCACCGGACCUGUUCAGUGCUGCCUCACCACCGGUCAUGCCAACGACGGAGCGAUCAGCGCACUGUUGGGACUUCUGGGCAUUGUUGUUACUGAUCUCAACGUACUCAUUGGCGUGAAUUGUUCACCCACCACCGUUCUCGGUAUAACCAUCCCAUGCUUAAACCAAGCAGUCUGUUGUCAAGAUAACUCUCACAAUGGCGUCCUCUCCAUUGGUUGCGUUCCGGCUACCAUUUAA